AUGUCAACUCCUGGACCCCCAGACCGUUCUGCAAAACGCCACAAGGGUGAUGGUAUCAUGCCUCCUGCUGGUUAUCCCUAUGGCCAGCCACUACCGCACGGAAGAUACCAACAGCCCCCCUAUGGACCAGGUGGUACUUCGAUGGGACCUCAAUCUGCCAUGGGGCCGCAAUCUUCGUACAUGUACAUGCAACAUGGACAAUAUUCCAAUCCUCCAUCACAGAGACCUCCUUGGCCCCACAAUGGACCACCUCCUGGAGCCAUGUAUGGACAACGAGGAGGCCCUUCAAUGACACCGGAUCGUGCUGGCUAUGGCCCUGGAUAUGGAAGAGGCCCACUUCCUCCCAUGCGAGGAGCUAGUCGUGGGGGCAAACCACCUGGUCCUCCCCACGUUCCUCCACAGAAAACCCCUGACGGCAGUAGUAGUGGAUCCCAAUCUGGGUUUCAAGGCGGAUGGGGGCAUCCCCAAGGAAGUCAAUGGUCGCAAGGUGGUCAAUACAGUGGUGGCCCGCCGCCCUCGAGUUGGCAAGGUACUGGAGGAUCGAGGAUGCAACAGCCACCGCCUGGAUACGGCAAUCCAGCCAUGUUCAACUCUACCAAUACUCCACCCCGAGGAGCUGUUCCAGGGCGUCCCCGACCGCCGUCUCAAGAAAUGAUACGAGGAGGAUAUCCCACACGUGCUCCUUCUGGGGCACCGGGGAUUGUAUGUCAACCCAUUGAAACUUCCGAUAUGGAAACCAUGUACCAUUCGCUGGGUGUAGGUCCGGAUGACGACGGCAAUAGCACUGGCGCUGGUACCCGUGAUAGCAAGGACAAGGGAAGAGGAAGUUACAAGUGUGGAAGGUGUGGAGUUCCCAAAAAGGGCCACAUUUGCCCCUACCAACCCAAGUUGUCUAGACGACCAGGAGAACCCUUGCCCGAAAUGCGAAGUGCAGCGAUACAGGUAGAAAUGGAUGAGUUUAUGACCCUUCGUCGUUUGAAUCUCAAAAUCCAAGGAUUCCCCGAAUCCUACGCCACGGAACCUUUCAUGGACGAUGAUAUGGUGGUGGGAGAACCAGCACCCGCACGUGGUGUUAGCGCAUCUAUUCAAGUGGGACCACCACAUGGUGGAUUAAUGUCCAUUUCAGACAGUGCGCGACAGCAAAUGACUUUGACGCAUCCACAAGAUCCCGUCAGUUUGUUGGGGAGUCCAAUACGAAGUUCGCCCAUAUCGGACGAUCCCAUUACUGCAUAG